CGGGCGCCAUGAUGCGUCGUAGCCGCCUCGGCCCGCGGCUGGGCCUUGCGUUGCUGCCGACCUUGUUGCUGCUGCCGCUGCUGCCCGGCGCCGCGCGCGGUGAUUGCGGCCCUCCUGACAGGUUACCCUAUGCAGAGCUAACGGAUGAGUUUAGAGAUAAGACCACCUUCCCUGUUAACAGCUCUGUGCAAUACGUUUGUCGCCCAGGGUACAGGAGAAACCCUUCCUUGGAGGCCACUCUAACUUGUCGUGCAGGUUCAUCAUGGUCACGUCCUGAAAAAUUUUGUAUAGGGAAGCUCUGUGGUCAUCCAGGAGACUUGCCAGAUGGUUCUGUUCAUAUAGAGACUGAUCUUGGUUUUGGUUCAACAGUGACAUUUUCUUGUAAUGAAGGGUACAGAUUAAUUGGACCACAGUUUACUCAGUGUGAGAUUGCUGGCAAAGGUGUUCGUUGGAAUAAAGGAAUUCCACACUGCGAGUCAAUUCCUUGUUUACCACCUCCAGACAUAGAAAACGGGAAGCACUCUGAACAGGAAGAUUAUACCUAUGGGAAAUCAGUAACUUACCAGUGCAAUGAUGUGCCGAGAGGUUCAGUCCCUUUCUCACUUAUUGGGGAGGCAACUAUUCAUUGUAGUUCCAAUGGAGAUGAUAAUGGAGUUUGGAGUUCACCCGCCCCUCAGUGCAAAGUGGUCAAGUGUCCAGAGCCAGCAGUUCAAAAUGGGAGAAAAGAAACUGCAUAUUCACCAAACUAUAUUUAUAGAAGCAAAGUUGCUAUUAAAUGCCUUCCUGGCUAUGUCAUGAGUGGAAGUGAUGUGAUUGAAUGCCAAGAGGAUAAUACCUGGCAUCCUGAAUUGCCAGUUUGUCUAAGUAAGUUCUGUGGUCAUCCAGGAGACCUGCAACAUGGCUCUGUUCAUACAGAGACUGAUCUUGUUUUAAAUUCAACAGUAACAUUUUCUUGUAAUGAUGGGUACAGAUUAAUUGGACCACGAUCUAGUCAAUGUGUAAUGUUUAACAAACAUCUUGCUUGGGAUAAACAAAUUCCACACUGCCAGCGAAUUCCAUGUUUACCACCUCCAGACAUAGAAAACGGGAAGCACUCUGGUGAACAGGAGGAUUAUACCUAUGGGACAUCAGUAACUUACCAGUGUAACGAUGUGCCGGGAGGUUCAGUCCCUUUCUCACUUAUUGGAGCAGAAACUAUUCACUGUCUUUCUGAUGCACAAAAAAAUGGAAUUUGGAGUGCACCCGCUCCUCAGUGCAAAGUGGUCAAGUGUCCAGAGCCAGCAGUUCCAAAUGGGAAAAGAGAAACUGGAUAUUCACCUAACUAUAUUUAUAGAAGCACAGUUAUUAUGAAAUGCCUUCCUGGCUUCGUCAUGAGUGGAAGUGAUGUGAUUGUCUGCCAAGAGAAUAAUACCUGGCAUCCUGAAUUGCCAGUUUGUCUACACACCGUCUCAGUUAGCACAGCCUCAGCUCCUACUGGAACUGCCCCGCUUAUUCCUCAUGGAAGAAUAAUUCAUGGACCAAAGCCACUAUAUGCUGUUGGAGAGAGCAUUACAAUUGAAUGUGAUGCAGGCUACACAUUACACGGGGAAGCUAAUAUUCAGUAUGUUGGUGGAAAUCAGUGGAAGCCUGGAAUUCCAUCGUGUCAGUUAAAGGGGGGGUUAAGUACAGGUCUAAUCGUCACCCUCAGUGUUGUUUUUGGUGCCCUUGUGGUGUCACUGGCAGGAUAUGGGGCCUAUAAGAAAUGGGGUAACCAGAGAAGGGAAACUGCCUGCCCUCCAGCCACUGCUGAAUACACUGCUUGUAAAGCAUGAUUGAUCAUUGUGGGGGGGUGAAGUUAAAUGAGCCUUUCAGAGAUGGAAAAAGGACUGCACUUGCCCUGAAUUUGUCUGAGAAUUGUUAGUCCCUCCUUUCACCAGAGUUGAAGAUGUCAUGGCAGAAUCUUUACUUUUCGUUAUUCUUUCCUGUUUGGAUUGAUGAAUUUUAAGGAACGCAAAAACCUAUGUCGUCCCUUUCAGCUCCAUCUGUUGUCUUCCUCUCCUAGUAAUUUUGCCUGUAGCUUUCUCUAGUCAGCAAGGAAGUUUGUGUUAGUACGAGACAGCUGCUGCCUUUUCUGUCUUGCUGUCCUUACAGAAGAGACUGUAAAAGGAAAGAUGACUUGGUAGGGCCUUAAUAUGGCUCCUGAGCCACUACAAAGAUUUUGACAUUUAGAUGUUGUUCUUUUAAAGCACUUGAUUUCUGUUAAUUAUUCUUUCUGAAGAAAGCAGCACUAUUUGUCUGUAUGAAUAUUUUUGCACACUUGCUGUCUUAAGUUUGCUGGUGGUAAAUGUAUAUUUUGCUUGAAAACUAAAUUAUUUAUUUUCCUGCUUUUGAAGAUAUUGUGGAUUGACUUUGGAGUUGUUUUACCAUUCUCACUCCUUCUCUAUUGCGGAAGUUUUCUUGUAGGCUGCCAAGAACCAGAGAGAGGUCCCUGUCGGGAAUCUCCUUGUUCAGGUUUUAGUUUAUGGUAAACCGAUAAAAAGCACUUAAGUGGUGCGCUGGUAUGUAGAUGCUAGUAACUGCACCAUAAACCAGGAUUAUUAGACUGGCGGGAUUAUGAAAUAAUCCAAUGUUCUAACUAACUUCUAAAAUUCUGUCGCUUGGACCUCCUGUGUUUUUGUAUGCAGACUGCCAUGUCUCCAGGGUAGACUUACAGUGUUGUUAAAUGGGUAUGUUAAUGGGGAAAUGCUAAACAGCUGUGCAGAGAAACACUCAUUUCAUGUUUAAAAAAAAAAGUUAAAUAAAAGAUCAACCAAAGUUACUCAGCUGACGGAGGUCAAAGAAUUAUUGGAUUGGGCUUUCUUGCAUUGGAAAUUGGUCCUUGAUGUGUAUAGUUCAAUGUGAGGUCCCCGCAGCCUCACAGACAAGUUGUCUGUAGACAUGGGCUUGAAAGGAAGCUAGUAUCUGUGACUUGAAAUGUUUAAAUUUCAUUGCCAAUGUUGUAUGUAAAUUAUGGCAGUCUACAUAGACAGUUCAGCCAGGGACUGACCUUUUUUUGGCAUAGAAGGUGGUCAUUUCAACUUAGGUGGUUGAAGCCUUGUUUAUCAAUGUAAAUGCUGGUUGUGCUUUUGAUACGGAUGUAUAUAGUGUCUUAGCACUCGCUUUAUAGAUGUGCAGUAUGAUUUAAUGUCAUUUAAAAUGUGCUGUGUGCAAAAUUAUGCAAGGCUUUGAGCUAUUCUUAAAGUGAAUAUCUAAAGUCCUAAUUUGUCUUAUUUCUUCUUCUCCAUACUGAGGCCCUGACCCUGCAGAGACUUCCACAGUGAGUCUGUCCAGAUUCUUUGCAGGGUCAAGGCCUCGUCAAAAUAGUUUAAUUUCCAGGAAUUUUGCUCUGAUUGGGUCUCUGGAUACCUUAGUGAGGAGUAUAUUGUAAAUGCCUGUAUCAUCACUGGAUAGCCUGAUUCUACCUUCAGUGCCUUUUACCAUAUUGUUUUUGAAAUGCGCAUGCAAAAGAUACAGGCUUAUUAAAUGUUCUGUCUGAUGUAAAGUCCAGUAAUGACUUCUAAUAAAGAGAAGUACAUUUUAUUAGUGA